AUGAUGGGGCUGGAGAAAGUGCGUGUGAUGGUGCCUCCUGCCCGGAUCUGCUGCGCUCUUAUCCUCACCUCCUUUCCAUGGGGGGUCCGGACCGGAGACCUGCCCCCCUGCGGAGAGAUGGACUACCACUUUGAAUACACAGAGUGUGACGGCACAGGCUCUCGGUGGAGAGUGGCGAUCCCUCGCAAGCAGGACUUGUGCACGGGGCUGCCAGACCCUGUCAGCGGUACAGACUGCACAUUCUCCUGCGAUGCCGGCGAGUUCCUGGAGAUGUCGGCCCAGCAGUGCACACCAUGCGUUGCUGGAACCUACUCACUGGGCAGUGGCAUUCGCUUCGACGAGUGGGAUGACAUCCCUGUCGGCUUCACCAGUCUGGCCACCUACCUGGACAGCAGCCCUGGGGUCGAGGAGAUCCAUGCCUGCAAAAAUUCCUCUUGGGUUCCGAAGGGGAGCUACCUGGAGUCGAAUCGGGAUGAUUGCACCGUGUCCCUAAUCUAUGCCGUGCACCUGAAGAAGCAGGGCUCGGUCUCCUUUGAGUACCAGUAUGUGGACAACAACAUCUUCUUUGAGUUCUUUAUUCAAAAUGAUCAAUGCCAGGAAAUGGACCAAACACCAGACCAAAAGUGGAUAAAGCUGACCAACAAUGGAGAAUGGGGGGGACAUACUGUGAAUUUAAAUUCCGGGACCAACAUCCUGUACUGGAGGACCACCGGGAUUUUUCUUGGGACUAAAGCCCUUAAGCCUGUGCUUCUGAAGAACAUUCAUAUUGAGGGGGUGGCUUACACAUCAGAGUGCUUCCAAUGCAAGCCGGGCACCUUCAGCAGGGCGCCAGGCUCCUCGACUUGUGAGCCAUGCCCCAGGAACACCCACUCGAGCAAAGGCGCCACCUCCUGCACCCCGUGUGACAAGGAGACGCAGUACUCACCUGAGGGGUCAGCGGAGUGCAAGGAGAAGUCAGCGUGCACAGAGAAGGACUACUUUCAGAUUCACACGCCUUGUGACAGUGAUGGGAAAACACAGGUCAUUUAUAAGUGGAUCGAGCCCAAAAUCUGUCUGGAGAACGUGACUGGAGCGGUGACACUACCCCCCUCUGGCGAGCGAGAGCCUUGUCCCCCAUGUAACCCAGGCUUCUACAGUUACAACUCAGCCAGCUGCUUCCCAUGUCCUCCAGGCACCUUCUCCGAUGGCAUCAGAGGGUGCGAGAAGUGCCCAGCUGGCACAGAGCCAGCUCUGGGCUAUGAGUACAAGUGGUGGAAUGUGCUGCCCUCCAACAUGAAGACCUCCUGCUUCAACGUGGGCAACUCCAAGUGCGACGACAUGAACGGCUGGGAGGUUGCCGGAGACCAUAUCCGCAGUGGCGCCGGCAGCUCGGACAACGACUACCUCAUUUUAAACCUCUGGGUCCCGGGAUUCAAGCUACCCACAUCUGUAACCGGGAGCUCAGGCACUGAAUUUGGUCGCGUUACCUUUGUCUUCGAAACCACCUGUUCGGCCGACUGCGAGCUCUACUUCAUGAUGGACGUGAACAGGAAAAGCACCAGUGUGGUGGAAUCCUGGGAGGGCAGCAAGGCGAGGAUGUCUUACAGCCACAUCGUGACCAAGAACGCUUCUGUGUCCUUCACAUGGGCCUUCCAGAGGACCAGUCAGGCUCAGGAUGUCAGGCGGCUUGUCGGCGACAUCGCCAAGAUCUACUCUAUCACGUUGACCAACGCGCAGGACGGGACGGCAUCCUCAUGCCGGGCAUGCGCUCUGGUGUCCCAGCAGACAGGGACGUCCUGUGUGCCCUGCCCCACAGGACACUACAUUGACAAGGACAACAAUCGGUGCAGACAGUGCCCUCCAGACACGUACCUGUCCGGGCACCAGGUCUACAGCAAGGAGGCAUGCAUUCCCUGUGGGCCGGGCAGCAGGAGCAACAAGGACCGAUCACGGUGCUUCAGCGACUGCAGCUUCUCCCACACGUGGCAGAACCGCACUCUGACCUACGACUUCAGCCCGCUCGGCCCGGUAGGCUCCAUCAUGAACGGCCCCAGCUUCACAUCCAAGGGGACCAAAUACUUCCACUCAUUCAACAUCAGUCUCUGUGGACUCGAGGGCAACAGGGCAGCGAUAUGCACUGACAACGUGACCGACCUCUCAAAAAUGGAGAGACAGAACGAACCUGGCGAGUUUGCGAACUACGUGGAGGCCUUCGUUUGCCAGUCGACCAUCAUCCCUUCAGAUGGGCGGGGCUUCAGGACAGCGCUGUCAUCCCAGUCAGUCAGCCUGGCUGAUACUUUCAUGGGCGCAACAGUGGAAAACACGCUACACGGCGUCACUGUGAAACCUGAUCUGUUCCCUGGAACAUCAAAGAAAGUACCGAAUGUCAACUUCUUCUAUCGGUCUUCCCAGCCAACAUCUUCAUGUGAGAAUGGUCGAAGUGCAGUCAUCUCUUUAAGGUGUAACCCAGAGAAGACCGGCCGUGGGGAGCUCUCAGUGUCCAGUAAAUGCCCUGCGGGGACCUGCGACGGCUGCACCUUCAACUUUCUGUGGGAGAGCGCCAGUGCCUGCCCCCGUUGCACUGAGGCAGACUACCAUGAGAUCGAGGGAGCCUGCAAGGGGGGGUCCCAGACAAUACUGUACGUAUGGAAUGAGCCAAAGCUCUGCAGCAAAGGGGUCCGGUUGCCAGUGAUGAGAAGGACACCUUGUGAAGCCAUCGACUUCUGGCUGAAAAUUGGAGCUGCACUAGGAGCUUUCAUGGCCUUGCUUCUCAUAUCCCUCAGCUGCUACUUCUGGAAGAAGAACAAGAGGUUGGAGUAUAAGUACUCCCGACUGGUGAUGACUGCUAGCAGGGACUGCGACAUGCCCGCUGCCGACAGUUGUGCUGUCAUGGAAGGUGAUGACAAUGAGGAUGAUGUGGUCUGCUCCAGCAAACCCUCUCUGCUGGGGAAGCUCAAGUCCAUGGCUGCAAAGGGGAGCGGUGAUGGCAGCGAGUCCGUCCAGUUGAGGAGCUCCAAGGCGGAGAGGUGGGUGUUGGGGUAACGUGGAGAGACUUUUUUUUAAAUUGGAGGAGCACAGCAGAGGGAUUUCAAAUGGAGAAACAUAUUUUGGAAUGACCCAAGAACCCACAGCUCAGCUGGUGACGAUGUCAGUACCUGGUGGCCUUCAAAGUGGCCAAAGAGAUCUUUCAAUAGAGUCUAACACAUUGGAUGGAGGGAAGUGUUUGGCUUUUUGGGGGGCUACCUGUCCUUUUCGGUCACACCAUUAUGUGUC